AUGGAGGACGAGUCAUCCUCAGAAAAACCGAUUCGUCCAGUGAUCCUACCGCCGAUCAUUCCACCUCCUCCUCCCCCACCACCACUACCCCCUGGAGCCACAAUUGAAGAUAUGUGCCGAGAAGCAAACUGCUCUUCCUCCGAGAUUUUCAUCGCUGCCGAAUAUCCACUUGGCGAAUAUUGCGCUCCUCUUUGCUCGUACGAUCCCUGUAGCGACCAAGGCGAGCUUUGCCUUCAUUCCUUCGAGAUCGAUCAAUGCGGUGUGCUCCUCGACGAAAUGGACGAUAAUUAUUCAAGAGUUUGCUUGCCCGUUCCGAUCGUUGAUCCAGGCUCUUACACUCAAGAGCUGAGCGCCAGUAUAAACAACUUUACUAUUCAGCUGAGUUUUGUUUUGUCUCCUCCAGAAAUAACUCCGUCGCUCGAAGAAAUGCAGAAGAUAUUCGAAGAAAAACUAGACGACGCGAUGACUGGCUUGCCCUUAGCACAGAUGAUGAUGAAACUGGAAAUAAAGAUGGACGCAUAUUUAUCGUUGAACAAUACUGUUCGCGCUCGGAGGAAGCGGGCAGUUGAAGAUGAAUUGAUACAGAUGAGCGCUCUUCUUACUCUAAAUUUGACUGGUUCUGAAUAUGUCGAUUCAAAUGCAACGAUUAAAACGGAAGAACUUGAGACAACACUGGAUGCUGUAAUGAAAACAUUGAGACAAAAUCUUCCCUUUGAAAUUGUCAACAUGGAAGUCUUCAUUCCAGAGCUUGAUUCUGAUCUUGACAUCGUUACUGAGGAGCCGGGAGUACUUGAGACAACUACGACGACUUCUACAACGACUACAUCUACAACCACGCCAACGACGACAGACAUUACUACUGGUGAUACAAGUAAUUCAACCACACCCAUUUCAACCACAACCAUUUCAACAGACACGAGUUCAAUAACAACGACGUCUUCAACAACAACAACAGCACCAACAACAACUACAUCAAAAUCCACUACAACAAGUUCAAGUGCUGAAACUACUUCAGAACAAACAACUUCCACCGAAAUUUCGAAUACAACAUCUUCAAGAACCACAUCAACAUCUACGACCACCGAAAUACCAAUUUCUUCUAUUGAAACAACAACACCAGUUAUCAUUUCGACAACUACGAAUUCAACAUCGGGUGAGACAGGAAGUACUUCAAGUACUUUGAGUCCGGCAACCGCGAAACCUGAUACUGUAUCAACAACCGCAGAAUUAGUAAAAACAACAACAAAAACGACGACGCCAACAACAUCAUCCUCGACAACAAAAUCAUCCUCGACUAGUACAUCCAUUUCUACAACUACCGCUUCGAAAACACUGACAGCAUCUACUUCAACAUCUUCCGAGUCGCCACCAGGUAUAAUAUCAACCACGCCAGCUACACAAUCAUCAAUCACAACUGAAUCAAUUACAACAUCAUCCGAAUCAUCUUUUGAAUCAACAACAAUUGAUCCAAAUAUCUCAAAUAAUAGCACUAGUUCAUUAAUUCUGACAUCAAGCAAGUUUGUUGAUUAUGAAACCACAUCUCAAACGCUGUCGACAAUGGCCUCUGGCUUGAUGGAGAACAUAACAAUGCCGGCGAUAACAAAGAGCCCCGACUCAGAAGACACAAUUGAAACAACAGUCGCACCUGGACCGUCAACGCCAUCUCCAGAAUCGACGUCAACUCUGAACUCUGUUACUCCAGAUCAAGAAACAACUUCUACUGCUGUCCUUUCAUCAACAACAGCCGCCUCAACGAUAACUACGAUUAUUUCUGAAGGCUCGAAUAUCGAGAGUAAUUCCACAACCACAGAAGUCAUGUCAACUUCAACAGAUGAUGCGCAAAGCUCAUCUCCAAUUGCAACAACACUCUCAACGGAAGCAAGUACUAGGCCAGAUUUAACAACACCAACUGCAGUGACAACUUUUUCUUCAUCUUCUACUCAAGAAAACAUUCUAUCGUCAACGACAACUACUGUCGCAGACAGCACAUCGACAAAAAUAAAAUCUACGACAACUGCGGAAACGACAACAACAACAAUAAUCUCAUCUACAACAACUUCUACAACUACAAGUUCAACAAGAUCGCCAUCUUCCUCAUCAACAACCACUUCAACAACGAACUCAAUGACAACAUCAACUACAGCAAGCCCUGAAACUGAAACAUCAUCUGCAACAACAACUUCGUCAACUUCUGUAUCGUUAUUAGUUGAAACUAAUACAACAUCAUCUCCAGAAAACAGAACAACAAAAAGCACUGAAACGACAACGAUUUUGACUGUGCAACCAGAACAGAACUUGACUACUCUAUCUCAAUCUCAAGACUUAACAACCACAACUACCACCACCACAACAACAACAACAACAACCACAACAAAAACAAAUUCAGAUCCACCAAGUAGCACUAGCCAAUCAUCAAAUACAACAAAAUCACCAUCAACGAGCCCUAACUCAACAACGAACUCAACCACUAUUUUAGGAGAAAGCAUUGUAACAGUUGGCAUAAAUGUCACCAUUGGAAUAAGUAUCCAAUACGAGGAAGCGUACGAAGACAUAACUAGUGAGGAAUCAGUAGAAUUAUGGGCAGUUCUUGAGAUUUCCAUAAUGGCUGGACUGAAGACGGACAUUCCAGGAUUAACAGAUUUGAUUCUCCUUGCUUUUGUGCAAGUUCAACAGAAUCGAAAUGGUCCGUUCUCCAACGGAAUCGUGAAAAGACAAAGUGCAUCUGGCAAUGACGUUCUUGGUGUAUUAUUCGAAAUGCAAAUCGAACAGGAUCCUUCUGAGGCGAAUAAUCAACUGUUUGAAAAUCCAGCUGCAAAGCUCCAAGAAAUCCUUGAUGAGGGUGGAACGCAACGAAUAUCUGAAGAAUUGAAGAAACAAAAUGUCACAUAUACGAUUGAUGAAAAUGUGGCUGUUGAAGCUGUGUUGUCAAGGAUUUCAAUAUACAGUCUUCAAUGCAAGGGCAGAAUGACGAUGGAAUGUGGAACCAGCGAAGUUUAUGUUGUCACUGAAGAUAUAAAAGCAUUUAUAAGUGAAGAAAGCGAAGUAAAUGUUUCUUCGAAGAUUUUCGAUUACGAAUGUACUGAUGUUUGUGAUCUGACCGAAUGCGAGGCAAGAUGCACUUCACAGCGAAAAACCAUCGAAGAAAUUUGCAACUUGAAUCUUGUCAAAUCAUAUUACGAAGGAGAUCAAACCGAUUUGAAUACAGCUAAAGUCUUCUACGAUUACGGUUGCAAAGGUCCCUUUGAACCGUGGAAGAUUGUUCUCAUUGUUGUCUUCCUUCUUCUUGGAAUUGUUCUUCUUACAAUGACGAUCUAUUGGUACAAAUCAAGAAAAUUCUGCUUCUCACGAAAUAUUCGAGUUUCCCGACCUCUUUCUCGGUUUUCCCAGGCUUCAAAUGCUAUGACUCCUCCUUCGUCCGCGACAUCUUCACCAGGGAGCUACAAACGAAGAAUCGACGAUUUCAGCAGCUAA